UUCGCACUGACUGAAUGUUGUGAGUUCUAGAAUACGUUCAAAGGUUUCCUCCGUAUGAGACAACCUAAACGGGGCUGGAGGUUUCGCACUGACUGAAUGUUCUACUGCGUUCUCCGUGUCGUUUGUUGCUGUAUUAAAGACAUGUAAGCGGCCAUUCUGUCUAAAAUGAGUUCAAGCACAGACCGAGAUGAGAAAAAGGUCGAAGGUCAGGGACUCAGAGCGGCGUCACCUGUGCCAAGCUGUGUGUCCAUGAAGAGUGACCGGUCUAUGUUGGAGCCGCCCUGGCUCAGCGGUGAAAGACCAGCGUCACCUGUGCCAAGCUGUGUGUCCAUGAAGAGUGACCGGUCUAUGUUGGAGCCGCCCUGGGUGAGCGGUGAAAGACCAGUGUCUCAAGCACCCAGUGGUCUGUCCAUGAAGAGUGACAGGUCUAUGUUGGAGCCGCCCUGGCUCAGCGGUGAAAGACCAGUGUCUCAAGCACCCAGUGGUCUGUCCAUGAAGAGUGACCGGUCUAUGUUGGAGCCGCCCUGGGUGAGCGGUGAAAGACCAGUGUCUCCAGCUCCCAGUGGUCUGUCCAUGAAGAGUGACCGGUCUAUGUUGGAGCCACCGUGGGUGAGCGGUGAAAGACCAGUGUCUCCAGCUCCCAGUGGUCUGUCGUCCCAUCUGAGCGAUGAACCGGUCAACAUUAAUCCAAGAAAACGGGUACACAGACCAGAAACUCCAGAAACCAUGAAGAGAUCUACUUUAUCAGAUGAUCCCACUCUGCAAGAGGUUAUAACACAACAUAAGGCCCGUCUGAAGAAGCAGUUAGAAAAUGUGCAUGAAUGCCUGUUGAGUCCAGCAACCCAGAAACCUCACAAGAGCAUUUACACAGAGCUGUACGUCACAGAGGGAGACAGUGGGGGGGUGAACGAAGAACAUGAAGUCUGUCAGGUAGACUCUGCAUCUGGAAAACAAGGCAUUGAAGAUAUGCCUAUUAACUGCAGUGAGAUCUUCAAGUCCUUAACUGGACAGGAGAAGGACGUCAGAACUGUGCUUACUAAAGGUGUGGCUUGCAUUGGAAAAACGGUCUUUGUUCAGAAGUUCAUUAUUGAUUGGGCAGAGGGGAAUGCCAACGAAGACAUAGACUUUGUGUUUCUGCUUCCUUUCCGUUUGCUGAAUAGGAUCAAAGACUCUCAGAACAGUCUCCAUCAACUCCUUCUUCACUUAUAUCCUGAGUUAGAAAAGUUGACGACAAGUGUUAUAUUCCAAGACUGUCAGCUUUUGUUCAUCUGUUUUGCUUUGGACGAGAGCAGCCUCCCAUUAAAUUUCCCACAGAACCAGAAACUGUGUGAUGUUACAGAGACGUCCACGGUGGACACCCUUAUAACGAGCCUCGUUCAGGGCUCCCUGCUUCCAUCUGCUCGCAUCUGGAUAACCUCACGCCCAGUGGCAAGCAAUCAAAUCCCUCCAGAGUACAUUAGCAAGGUUACAGAAGUAAGAGGGUUCACAGACUCUCAGAGGGAAGACUACUUCAGGAAGAGAAUCAGUGAUGAGGGCCUAGCCAACAGAAUAAUUUCACAAAUUAAGACAUCCAGAAGUCUCCACAUUAUGUGUCACUUGCCAGUCUUCUGUUGGAUUGCAGCCACUGUACUUCAGCAGAUACUGAAGGAGGGAACCAGUGAGCAAACCCCAACGACUCUGACUGAGAUGUUCAUUCACUUCCUGCUCAUCCAGACAACCAGAAGGAAUCGGAAAUACCAAGCCAGUGGUGGCGAAGAAAGCCAAAAUCCCUUGGAAUCACAACCAGAGGUCAUAAUGAAGUUGUCUGAACUUGCCUUCAGGCAUCUUGAAAUGGGAAGCUAUAUGUUCUCGGAGGAAGAGGUGAGCGCAUGUGGCAUUGACAUAGCUGAUGCCUUGGUGUACUCUGGGUUUUGCACUGAAGCCUUCAAAGGAGAAUCUGCCCCUUUUGAGAAAAUGUACACUUUUGUGCACGUGACCGUCCAGGAGUUCCUCGCCGCCCUAUACGUGUUCUUAUCUUAUGUCAACAAGAACGAGGAGGCGCUGAAGCCGUUUCUCAAAGGGAAGUCCUCGCCAAAAGAUACAUCACUGGAUGAGUUGCUGAAGAUUGCAGUGAACAGAGCUUUGGAGAGCAAGAGUGGGCACCUCGAUCUGUUUGUCCGCUUUCUACAUGGCAUUUCCCUGGAGUCCAACCAAAGGCUCCUAGAAGGUCUUCUGCCGCGAUCAGAGUACAAACCUGAGAGUGUAAAGAAAGCAAUUCGAAAUCUGAAGGAGAUAAAGAGGCCAAACAUCUCCCCAGAUCGAUGGAUCAACCUCCUCCACUGCCUGGUGGAAAUGCACGAUUCGUCUGUGCACGAAGACGUCAGUGAUUUUCUGAAGACGGAGGCAGUUCCUGGGAGAAGGCUCAGACUGGCACACUGUUCGGCCUUGGCCAACAUGCUUCUGGUGGCAGACAAGCCUGUGGAGGAGUUGGACUUAAAGAAGUACAAGACAUCGGACGAGGGUCGGAGAAGACUGGUCCCAGCUGUGCGGAACUGCAGGAAAGCUCUGCUUGCUGACUGUAAGCUGACAGAGAAGUGUUUUGAGGUGGUGGCGUCGGCUCUCAGUUCAGCCCACUCCAUUCUGACAGAGAUAGACCUCAGUCACAAUGACCUGCAGAAGUCCGAGGAGAGACUGCUUCGAGGGCUCCUAAGUCAACACUGCAAGCUGGAGUCACUGAGACUUGCUUAUUGCAAACUCUCAAAUAAGUCUUGUGAGAUUCUGGCCUCAGCUCUGCAGUCUGCAACCUCAGCCUUGAGAAAGCUGGACUUGAGUGGGAUCAACCUGCAGGACUCAGUGACACAUCUUUUCCGUGCCAUCAUGAGUCCAGAUUCCAAACUCGAGAGUUUAAGCCUUGCUGGCUGUAACCUCAAAGCAAUAUCCUGUGAAGCUUUGGCUUCAACCCUGCAAGCAGAACCCUCGGUCCUGAGAGAGCUGGACCUGAGCAGAAAUCCUGUGCAAGACGUUGGAGUUGGACACCUCUCCUCCUGGCUGGGGAGUCCGAACUGCUCUCUGGAGACACUGAGGUUGUCAGAUUGUGACAUCAACACGAAAGGCUGUGAGAGUCUGGCUUCUGCCCUGAGUGCAAACCCCUCCUGCCUGAGAGAGCUUGAUCUGAGCUGCAAUCAGCCAGGAGAGACAGGAGUCAAGAUACUCUUGGAAAUAAAGGCAGAUCCAAACUCAGCACUGAAGAUACUCAAAUGCUCCUGAGGUCACCGUUGCCACAACAACGAUAUCAAGCCCACUCCUUCACACAACAACAAUAUCAAGUGCACUCUCCCACACAUCAACAAUAUCAAGCGCACUCUCCAACACAUCACCUGUGUGUUGCUGUGCUUACCUGUGCAUCUGUCCAGCCGUCUCCCUUUCUGCAUCAUCUGCUCCAGAAGAUCCUUUAAACUGAUGGACCAUGAGUUCUCUCGGUGCAGCUUCCCUUUGACAGCAGAGUUUAUUUCCCACCAUAUUUUGAGUAGACAGGGUUUGACUGAACAGGGCAAACGUUGUGAGAAGAGACUGCAGGUUAUAGGUGCUGGUCUCAGUAGUGUGGGGUCAGAUAGGGGUCAACAGAUUGUACACAAAACCAGUUAUCUUGGGUUGAUGUGAUGAAGAUAGAGAUAUUCCUGGGACUGUUGAAUUUGCUGUCCUGUGGUGAAUAUAAACUCUCACAGUACCAACAUUGAUCUCUAGGGGGGCACUAACCACCCCGGUGAUGCUUGCUCGUCGGCCAUGGGGGCUUCUGCUUGGGCUGGCCCAUAGAAAGAAGAUGAAUAUGGUGUAGUGGUUUUCAGUCUUUACCUUUUUUUAAGAGGGUAAGAUUUUAAAAAGGCAGUAAAAUAAAGAAUUGAGGGGUGGCUGUAGCCCCUAAUAAUUCCCCACUUUGAGUAGUGUGUCACUACGUAACUGAACGUCAGU